UCUCCGCGAGAUGAGUUUCUCCAGUCGUGCAUCCUCUGAGGAUAUGAGUGAUGAGCUCGAGACAUUGGGGUGGUACCACUAUGAUCUGUCCCGUCAUGCCGCUGAGGCUCUCCUCUUGUCCAAUGGAAUCGAUGGAAGCUACCUCCUGAGAAACAGUAAUGAAGGCCCCGGCUAUUUUGCCUUGUCUGUCAGGGCAAGGGAGUCGGUCAAGCAUUAACACGUGACACGCAGAGACCACGCCUAUGUGUUUGGGUUUAACACAUUUGCAACUCUUCAGGACUUUAUCAGCCACUUCGCCAAUAAGCCCCUGGUGGGAAGUGAAACAGGAACUCUCAUUGUCCUGAAGUGUCCGUACCCGUGGAGAGUGGAAGAGCCAUCCAUCUACGAGUCUGUGCGGGUUCACACAGCUCUGCAGACGGGGCGCACAGAAAACGACCUUGUAGCAACUGCACCCGCGCUCGGUACAAAAGAAGGAUACCUAUUGAAACAAGGGGCUAUUGUGAAGAACUGGAAGCAAAGAUGGUUCACACUAAGCAGAUACGAACUGAAAUACUUCAAAGACCAAAUGAAUGAGGAUCCAAUUCGGACCCUAGACCUGAAAGCGUGCUCUGCAGUUCAGUUUGACUACUCUCAGCAAAGAAUCAACUGUUUCUGUCUGGUGUUUCCUGAGAGGACGUUUUAUCUCUGCGCAAAGACUGGUGUCGAGGCAGAUGAGUGGAUCAAGAUCCUCAGAUGGAAAUUGUCACAGGCACAGAAAGGUCAAUGACACAACCGACUGAAAACACGUCACUGCUCUGCACUGAAGAACACUCAGAAAUGAAGAGUUCCCUGAUUAUUCUGACUAUAAAACAAGUCUGCAAUCACGUUUCAACCAGGUGACUAACUUGACGACAAACACCAGAAGCUGCCACGAGCCUGAACUAUGGUAGGCCAAAGUGAUCACAGAUAUAAAAUUACAGUUCAUAGGCACUUCGGUUUGCUGAAAGGAAGCCCUGAGGGCCUUGAAUCGAUCGCAACUGGACUGUUCGGGUUCUUAGAAGACGUUUCACCUCUCAUCCGAGCAGCCUUCAUCAGUUCAUGCUCAAUGACUAGAUAGGAGAGCUCUAGUCUGAGGAGUUGGUGCAGGAUCCAAAGUAUUGAUCCUCUAAAGGAGGAGGCUCUUUCACGGUGUCAAAUGACAGUUGUUAAAAUACAAUCUAGUGGGGUCUGUUCCAGCCAACAACAGUCGAUAGCAUUCCAUUCGACUGCUUUUAUCAUAUGAAGAAUAAUGUCAGUAGUGAAUUAGUGUAUAUUAAAUACAGGAAGUGAACAAAUGUAUUAGGAAUUGAUGUGAAAGGAGAGGGGGUAGGAUUAAAUAAGCUUAGCUUUUUCACACCCCUUUUCGGAAAUGUGGAAUUGUGAAUUGUAACAUGAAGCAUUUCAAUGUAAACUGUGUGCAUGUUUGAAAUAAAUUAAACCAUAAACCAGUCCAGAUGUAAAGAUGGUCAUGGACCCGUCAGAAACCAAAGUGGCUAUACCUUGGUUAUUUGUUAGAGGCGAAGUGAUUUCAUGUUUCAGCAAGGGAUGAAGCGGCAGCAUUGUGUGUGGGGGAGAGAAACCAUCUGUGAACGGAGGGGGAGGACUUUGACACAACUAUUUUACAAAAAGUACAGCAAGGCAUUCUGGGAGCCAGUGUCACUCAGAUCGCUGGUAGUGCUUGUGACUUCCCAGCAUGCUUUGCAGCUCUUGUUUUGUAAAAAGUUGCUAAAAUUAUGUGUUUACACUUUGUUGUUUAUUGUCAGGAAAAUAUAGUUUGCUAUUGCUCUACUGCAUAAAAUGUGUCCAUUCCCUUAGAUUUUUCUGAUACAGUAAUCCUUCACCACUUUGCGGUUUGAACAUUGCUCCCUCACUCAA